AUGAGUUCAGCUGAAUGUUAUGGCGGUCCACCGGCUUAUUAUCCAGAUUGGAAUCCGACAACAGCAUAUGUCUAUUCAAGGUAAGCUUCUAUGAAAUUAGUUACAGCUCAUCCUCAAAUCCAAUUGGAUUUUUUUAGAGAAGUCUUGGAAAAAAGUUCCAACCCAGGUAUAUAAACUUUAGGAGGCUUCAGAAGGCAUCAGAAAAAGUUUGAUGUCUCAUCAUGGGUUCGAAAAAAUGUUUUUCUCUAGUUCCAGAUUUUCUUUCAUGAUACGCCCUUCUCAUUGUUCAUUUCCUUUUCCUACCUUCAACAAAAAAUCUGAAAAUCAAAAAUCAUAACCCAAUUUUUAUAAUUGUUUUUUUCCAGAGAUAUAAUGCAUCAUCCUCAAUCAUAUUCUCCAUUAGCACCUCCACAUUCUUCUUCAUCUUCUUCCACAGUCGAUAUUUGGUCAUCUCCUCCACCUCCAACUUCAACAUCAAAUCAACCAACUCAACAUCAACAUAUUUAUAGUAUUUCACCGCCAAGCAGUGUUGCACCACAAUCAAAUGGUGCACCAGCUCCAUCCACAUAUAAAUGGAUGCAUACAAAAAGAACACAAAGACCUGCAGGUAAACCACUUUUUGAGAUAAAGUUUAUAGGUUAUUGAUUUACGGGGUUGAAUUCAGAAAAAAAAAAUUUCGAACUUUUUAAAAAUACGCUUCACAGCUAAAUUAUAAAAGUAGGUAUGGUUAGCUCAAUCAAAAAUAUUUCAUAAUAUCAGGUUUUUUAAAUGAUUACUGUAGUUUAGUUCGAAAAUCAUAUGAAAGGUUAAAAUUAUCGAUUCGAUGGUAUCGCAAAACUCUCAGCUAAUUUUUUUGUUCUGGAUUUUGGAUCUAACAAUUUAAGAUGAGCAAUGUUUUUUAGAACUGAAAUAUCUUUUUUUCAAAAUUUCGUUUCAAAAUUGUUUUUACCCUUCCAAUUUAGAAGAAAAUCAAUAUGACCUAGAAAACUGAACGGGUCUUACUACUGUAGUUUUCAAAAUAUCAUAUGAAAUUUUGUUUUCAGAAAUAAAAUCUUGACUUCUAGAACAUUUAGAACUUUUUAAAUGUUCUAAGAGCAUCGUUGUUAAGCUUGAACUAGAAAUCAACAAAACAAAAUUAUCGAAAACAGUCGCAAAACCCAAAAAGCAUUCUGAAACCUGCGCCCAAACAGCGGGAAAUAUUUUCAGAACUUUUCCAGUUCUGUUUUCUUUUUCCAAAAAAAUUCUUUAUUUUCUAUAUUUUUGUUGGUUGAAAAGAUAAAUCUCGAGAUGUGUGUGUGUCUUUCAAAGUGACAUUGAAUGAUCGAUUGAUUACUACGGAACAAUCCCAAUAUUUCUGAUUCUUUAUUUCAAAUUUUAUAUAAAGGGAAACUAAUUCAAACAAAAAUUGAAAUAAAGUAAAAUGUGAUUGAUAACUCACAUUAUGUUCUUUUUGUUCAUUUCCAUUUUCAUGUUUCACACCACAUGUCAACUUAUUAGUAUUCUUCUUCCUUUUGAGGAAAACAUGAUUGAUUUACAUGAGAAAACGGUUAUUUUUUUUGCAGUUCCAAAAAAGAAAGUAAUCGAUGAAAAUGGAACUAAUCGAACAAACUUCACAACACAUCAAUUGACAGAAUUGGAAAAAGAAUUUCAUACAGCAAAAUAUGUGAAUCGGACAAGAAGAACUGAAAUUGCUAACAAUCUCAAAUUGCAAGAAGCACAGGUAAGAAUUAGGAACUCAUAUAUAUAUUUUUUGAAACAGAUUUUUUUAAAUUAGAUAUCACUGUUUCAAAAAAUCAAUAAACCUCUCGAAUAACAAUUUUAAAUUUUUUCAGGUAAAAAUCUGGUUUCAAAACCGCCGAAUGAAGGAAAAGAAGCGAGAAAAAGAAAAAGCAUUUUUGGCUCGAAAUUCAUGGGAUUCCAAUUCACCAACAUCUUCCUCUUCCUGCGAGAAAUGA